GCCUUCGUUUUUUUGCCCGACAGAUGAAAACAUCAGUGUUGGGUGCUAAUGCCGGCUUGAUUUCUGCCACAAUCAGCAAGAUGUUUGUCAUCCUACUGCCCGUUUCUAAUCAAUACGGAUCAAGCUGUUAGUGUUUACUGUAUUUGUAGGUAGCCAAAGCCCGUUUUGUAUUUCUAUGCGCUUUUUGGAUCUCUAAUUUCCAGCGGAACAAAAAUGAACGGCUUAUCCAUCAGCGAGUUGUGCGGCCUGUUCUGUUGCCCGCCCUGUCCGAGCCGGAUUGCAGCGAAGCUGGCCUUCCUGCCCCCGGAGCCCACCUACGCUCUUCUGCCAGACCUGGAGUCCACCUCACCUGUGACCUCUAACCUCGGAGCCUCGGGUUUGCGCUCCCGUUUGGCUGGAGGUGCUGGUGCUGGUGCUGGUGCUGGUGCUGGUGGUGGAGGAGGAGGAGGAGGAGGAGGAGGAGGAGGAGGAGGAGGUGGUGCUGGUGCUGGUGCUGGUGCUGUAUUUGGUGACAGGACUGGAGAAGGUAGAUGGAAGCUGCACCUCUCUGAACGAGCUGAGUUCCAGUACACCCAGAGGGAGCUGGAUGGAACCGAGGUCUUCCUCACUCACUCCAGCCGUGGCAACAGAGUGGGAUGCAUGUACAUCCGCUGUGCCCCAUCCGCAAGGUACACUGUGCUCUUUUCUCAUGGUAACGCUGUGGAUCUCGGUCAGAUGAGCAGCUUCUACAUCGGUCUGGGCACUCGUAUCAACUGCAACAUCUUCUCUUACGAUUAUUCUGGUUAUGGGGUCAGUACAGGCAAGCCCUCUGAGAAAAAUCUGUAUGCAGACAUAGACGCCGCGUGGCACGCUCUGCGCUCAAGGUAUGGCAUCAGCCCCGAGAAUAUAAUCCUUUACGGGCAGAGCAUUGGUACCGUGCCCACCGUGGACCUGGCGUCCCGUUAUGAGUGUGCUGCCGUGGUGCUUCACUCACCCCUCACCUCGGGGAUGAGGGUGGCGUUCCCUGACACCAAGAAGACCUACUGCUUUGACGCCUUCCCAAACAUUGAGAAGGUGUCUAAAAUCACAUCUCCGGUGCUGAUCAUCCACGGGACGGAGGACGAAGUGAUCGAUUUUUCUCACGGUCUGGCCCUGUUUGAGCGUUGCCCGAAGGCCGUGGAGCCGUUGUGGGUUGAAGGGGCCGGGCACAACGACAUCGAGCUCUACAGUCAGUACCUGGAACGCCUGCGCCGUUUCAUCAGCCAGGAAGUGGCUGCACAGUAAACGCCCCCUACGUUUCGCUCAUGCCAACAAAUCGUCGACAUAUGUGGAAAGCAACCAAACCGAAUCUGGUUCUGGUGGGUCUGUUCUUCUGUAAACUUCCGACUCUUGCUUUUCUAUCAGCCUGGAGCUGAGUUUUCUACCGAGAAGACCCCUCGACUUCACACCCAAAAGAUCUGAAUGUGUGAGCGUCGGUCUCAGGACCUCAGUGCGUCUGAGGCACCGCCGGUUGAUUUGGCUUGUGAUUUAUGUGAACACGACAAAUGAAAUGAAAUGGCAUUUGAACAGGACUAAUAUCUAAUAUCUCUUUAUGAAGCUCUUAUCAUGUGGGUGGUUAUGUACUUUCUCUUUUGUUAGUUCUUGUUGGUUAGCAUAAGACCAGUUUUAAAAUACAGCAUCAUUACCUUUUCAGACAAGAACUCUCUGCUGGACAGAUUGUGUGUGUGUGUGUGUGUGUGUGUGUGUGUGUGUGUGUGUGUGUGUGUGUGUGUGUACAAUAUUUUUUAGACCAUCCGCUGUGUAUGAAUGUGGUUACCUUUUUACUGUUGAACUUAUACACUACGAGUCAAAAGUUUGGACACAACGAGUUUGAUUUACAUGAUCUUUUUGGAAAUUCUAUACAAUACUAAAAUCAUAAUGAUUUUUUUUUUGUUUUGUUUGUGAACAGACCAGCGACGCAACCAGCAACUCUCCAGUACGCAUGCAAACAUCUUUAAUCCAUUUUAAAAACUGUCCCAGGAUUCUGCUUGUGAAAUUAACGAAUGUCCAGAGCUGGAAUCUAGACAAAGAAGAAACUCAAUAUAAUGUUAUUUAAUUUUAUGUAAGACAAAAAUAUUACUAGAUGUUUCCAAACUUUUGACUAGUAGUGUAGGUGCACAGUAUACCGGUGUUGUUUCUCCAGAUUCUACGUUUUUCGUUGAGCAUUUUUUUCUUUUUCUUCCCUGUCAUUUAAGACCCAAUCACCGUUUUUUAAUGAUGUGGGUAGAGCCGUGUUCGUACGAUAUGGAUGCAUGGAAAUACGCUACCAUUCAAAAGUUUGGGAUCAGUAGGUUCCGUUGAACGUAAAGGGUUUUAUCUAGCAAGAUCAAGAUAAAUGAUUUCAAAGAGACAUUCGCAAUGUUACCAAAUAUUCUGUUAUCGAAGAAUCCUGUAUCAAGGUUUCCCCCAAAGAUAUUAAAAGCAACUGUUUUUAAAGAAACAUUUCUAAUCGUUAUCAAACCAGCAUUUUACACUAAUUUCUGGAGUAAUGAAGAUUCCUCGCAGGAACAAAUUAACUUUUCUAUUUGACCACAUUUUAAUUUUGUAAUUAUAUUUCACAAUAAUGCAGUUUUCACUGUGUUUUUGAUCAAAUAAAUGCAGCCUCGUAGACUCUUUCAAAACAAAAAAAAACGUACUUACCCCAAACUUUUGAACAGUAGUCUAUCAGGAUUUUUUUCCUCGCCAUGUUGCAUUGAUCCUUAUAACACUAUUUCUGUUCGCUAUUCGUGCGUUCGUUUAUUUCACUUACGUGUUUAAGAAGAAACCGAUUGUCUACGUAAGCAAAACUCAGAAGCUGCUUCUAUGAGACAAAAGAGAAGUAAAACUCUUCCCUGGUCCAGUUGAUAUGAUCUCGUGAUGCAUCGGUGUUGUGAAAUAUGUAUCACAAUGAAGUAGUUGGCAUUUCCAGCCUCUUAAAUGGGGACUGAAUUUGUAAAUAUUUCGAUUUCUUGAUCCUUUUUUCCGCUUUUUCCCCCCCAUGCGCUGAAUCGUGGUGGAGGUUAACAGCCGUGAUUUUGCCCACCGUGAGCACCUGAUCCGAAUGACGGGAAAUCUCACUCUACACCCCGAACAUCACACGUUCUUCCCUCGUUCGGCUCAUGCACGUUGAUGUAAUGAUGCGUAAAAUGAACCCUGACACCCAAGUCGACUCGCGAUUGACAGUUUUCUGAGCCGUCUCAGAAUGGGGUCGUGACCUCCAUCCACUGCUGACCUCUCGUCUGUGUUUACGUCUGCGAGAGGAAGAUCCGUGACAGGUUUUUUUAAUAUUAAAGCAUGCCAGGUCGUCGAAUCACGUUACCGUCGAUUUUUUUUGCUAUUUCCAAUCGCAGUUUGUAUAUUGAGCUAUUUAUAGCGGCCACUUCUCACGCAAACAAGCCUCGCCGUAUUAGACAUGCUCUUAUGUGGUCAGUGGAUAUUUAACACAAACUUCCAGAUCUAUUUUUAUAAGGUUGACAAGUCUUUGCUAUAAUAUGAACAAACCUUUCACUGUUUCAGAGCCAUUUUUAAAGGGAUAGGCGUGUCUUUGUAGCCUGGCUUUUUUUUUUUUUUUUUUUUUUACGUUAAAGUGGUAGUUCACCCAAAAAUGAAAAUGCGACUUAAUUUCUUCCAUGGACCGUAAACGGGUCAUUUUUGUAUAUUAUAAAAGUCUCUUUUUCAUUCAGUGAAAGCACAUGGUGACCAAGAGCUGUCGAGCUCAGAGAUGAUGAUGAAUUUGCGAAUAACCACAAAAAAAAUUACUCUGUCAGCAUUUGAUAGUUUCUAACAUAUGUGAAGAAGAUAUUUAAACAGAAAUAUUAGUAACCUGUCAUUUUUGGUUCCCAUUGACUUGCAUUGUAUUUUUGGUCCAAACAGUGGAAGUGAGUGGGAAUCAAGACCAUUCUUCAGAAUAUCUUCUUUUACGUUCCACUGAAGAAAGUCAUACAAGCUUGAAAGGAUGAGACAGUUAUACUUUUUUUUGGUCCUUUUGGGGUCUUCAAAGCGACUGGUCACUAUAUGCUUUCUUUUUAUGAACCACGAGGAAGAGUUUUUAGGUGAACUGUUUCUUUAAAAGGAAUUUGCAACCUCUUUAACAUCUAGUUUGCUAUACCUCCCUUAAGAUCGGUCGUUUUUUUAUCCCGAUGUAAUGUUACCCUGCAAUUCUUAAGACGGUUUUUAAGACUUCGACAUUUUUAAGACCCCGACCCUUGUAAAAAGCAGCGUGUACUCAGGAACAUUUUCACUCGUUUGGCUGACAAGGCUCUGCGUGUUUGUCCUGAAAUGCUGCCAGCGAAACAAAAACCUGCUUCACGCUGAUCUUAGGUACUGCAGGCUGCAGGAAAAAUCGUGUUUCACGUCGACACCCGUGUCGUAGCGAGCAUAGCAAACUUUGUGUUAAAGCAGGUGUGUGCCACUUGCAGAAUGCAUGUAAUAGAUAAGACAUGAAAAGAAAACGGACUAAUUAUAGCGUGCGAGUGUCGGUGUAUAUUACGAAUUUCCGAGAUUAAAUAGUUCACGUUAGCCUAAUGUAUAAAAAGACGUUAGUAUGUCGAAUUUUUUUUAUUUAUUUUUUGCUUUUUAGAGCUCUAUUGAAAAGGGUUAGUAUUCACAUCUCUGAACAACCGAGCAAUAAUGUCAAACCUCUGCCUGUGAGAGCUGGAUAGAUUUAUCAGACUCACGCAAAACUCCACACGAUGAUCAUUUGAAGGGUUUGCACUUUCAGCGACGCAGCACAACCUUAUCUGAGAACUCUAAAACACUCUAUGCCGACUCACAAUUUUGUAUAGCGAUAUAAAGCUAAUUUGCUGUAUUUCUAGUCACACUAAGUCACAUAUCUAUAUCGAGAUUUGCAAGAAAAUGACUGUAUAUUACCAGGUACACGUCUGUAUAAAGAGGUGAUGGUGUGUCCCCUAUGAUGUAAGAUGCUUUGUGUGUGUUGGGUAAUGUUUUCUUUUUUUAGCCGGAAGAUGUGAUGUACUGUGAUUGAGUAAUAAAGGAAAGUUGUAAAGUUA